AUGUGGAAGCUUCUUCUCACGCUCGCAUCGCUCGCCACCUUUGCAAGAGGGCUGCGCCGAGAUGAUCUGCAUACACAGCUGGACCUUCCCAUUGUCACGUUGCCCAUGGGAACGCGCCUCUAUUCCUGCCAACAACAUGAGCUGGACCCACAGCGGGACCUGUGGACCAUGAUCAGCAUCAAGUAUUUUGGCUACUGUACAACAGUGGAGGCGGCUGCGAAGAAGAUGGCCGAGAUGGGAUGGCAAGGAAAUCCGGAAGACAUCGGCAGGUUCGAUUCCAGAGCGAGCUAUGCGAAGGUAUGGCAGGUGGUUCGUCCCUGCAAGAUGUUGCUAGGGGACGGAAGGAACAGCAGCACCUUGACACACCGUUUUGGGCCGGGUGCUAGGUUUGAGAAUGUGGAAACCCUUGACACACCCAACUGGCGAUCACACGUGAAGUUUGCUGACAUGAGGGAGCAGCUGCUGAAAUCUGAUGGCUUGGUUCAGUGCGACGCAGGCAUUGAUGUAGCUGUGUUCCACGGAAUUUCAACAGACGAUCGCCAUGCCUGCAUUCGGCAGGUUGAGCCGGAUCGCCUUCCCACUGCCACAGAAGUGGAACAGCAGCAGCAGCUGCUUUCUGUAAAAGGCUGCGAUCGUUUCACAUGA